AUGACUCACACGAUCACGCUCGGCAAGCGGAAGACGCACGGCAGCGGCGAGCGGCCUCGCCUCUUGCAAUGGCUGCUCCCGCCGCUGCUCCUCGUCCUCGCAACGGUCGCAGGGCUGUCGCACUGGAGCUUGUCGCGCGACAAGAGCGACUUCACGGUCCUUAACGGCAAGGCGCUGCUCAAGGCGUCGCAGAAAAUCGCGGAUUUGUGGAAAGCGAGCGGCGAGACGGGGGACCUGAGCGGGUAUCUUGCAAAUGGUAGCGAAGACGCGUAUAUCGGGGACGGCGGGAGGACGGGCGAGGUGGAUCCGUGGAGGUGCGAGGACGGCAACGGGUGGAACGAAUGUGCCGGCGCUGCUGCUGUGAUCCUGGCAGAGCAUUCGCCCAUCAUCCGCCCCAAUCCUCCGCCCCAAUCGUCCGCCCCAAUCGUCCGCCCCAAUCCUCCGCCCCAAUCGUCCGCCCCAAUCGUCCGGCCCCAUCAUCUGCCCCCCCAUCCCCCUCUCCCCUCCCCCUUCCCCAACCAGGGCGCGCUGGCGGAGCGCGUGCACGCGGUGUGCGCGGCGUAUGCGCUGACGUCGCUCACCGGCGCGCCCACGCUCGCCCUCUGGCCCGCCGACCGCCACCUGCCCGCCACCACCUUCCGCCACCUCUUCUCCGCCUCCCCCGCGCCCAAUAGCAGCCGCAGCAGCAGCAGCGGAGGGGAUGGGGCGGAGGGGUGGGGAGUGAGCGGGGGGGAGGGCGGGGUGUGGGUGCGCGACCUGCCUGUGCGCAGUGACGCACUGAGGACGCAACUGGCCUCCUCGCCGCAGCAGCAGGUGAGGCGUAGGGUGGUGGUGGUGCGGGUGGUGCUGCGGCCAUGCAGGGGUAGGUCUUCCUCCCGCUCCCUGCCUCCUCCCCUGCACCUCUUCCUCGCGCCCCACUCUGCUGCUGCUGAAGCUCACACCCCACACGCACCACCAGCAAACGCAGCAGCAGGGGCUGCGGAGGGCAAGGUCGAAGGAGCGGGUCUGUUCCUGGGGGGCCAGGGCGAAGGCGCGAGGGUGGCGCAAGAGAGGGUGGAGGUGGACUUGUGUGAGUAUGAGCGGCGGGUGGAGGAGUGUCUGGGCGCACUGGAGCCGUCACCGUUUGUGGCGUCACUGGUGCUCAAGGAGGACGUGCACCGCCUCGCCACCUCCACCGCCUUCUAUGUUGAUCCCCUCGGCCCCUCGGGCUGUGCGGGGUGCAGCGAGGAGUCGGAGUAUUCACCCCCCAUGUGCGCCAUGCGCCGCAUCGCCAUGACCUACCUUGCCGACCGUGCCGUCUCCUUCACCCUCGCCGCCCUCUCGCCCGCCCACGUGCCCCAAAUCAUGGACUACUUUCCGCCCCUCCGCUCCCCGUUGCUGCUUAAAGCCACCCAAUCGCGCAUUGCCACGUGUCAGCUGGAGGAGGAGGUUGAGGUGGAGGAGGGAGAGGGAGGGGAGAAGGGGGUCGGGAGUGCGGAGGAGGAUGUGGUGGGGGGAGAUGUGUUGAGGGAAGGAGUGGAAGGGAUGGGGCAAGGGGGAGAGAGGAGAGGAGAAGGAUUGGGAAGGAGAGUGAGAAGAGUGGUGCGGAGAUUGGAGGUGUCGGAUGAGACUCUGAUGCGGUGCCAUCAGCUGCAGGUGGGUUCAAUGUGGUGCCAUCAGCUGCAGGUCGCGGAUCUCUUCUCUCUCCGCCUGGCAGCGGGGCUGGUGGCGGUCAACAGCAGCGCCGUGGAGCCUCCUUCCCCACUCCCUCCCUUGCCCUCCCACCCCCCCUCUUGCCCCCCCACUUCCUUGCUCAGGUGGGUGGCAGGUGGGUGGCAGGUGGGUGGCAGGUGGGUGGCAGGUGGGUGGCAGGUGAAAUGCAGGCGGGCGACAGGCGGCCGGCAGGUGGAUGGCAGGUGGAUGGCCGGGGGAUGGCAGGUGGGUGGCAGGUGGGUGGCAGGUGGGUGGGCAGGCCAAAAGAAGCUGAAGAUAUUCAUCUGCACGGUACCCAAGGUAGCAGCCAACUCGUGGCUCAUGUGGCUGCGGGCCAUGCUGGGGCAGCCACACCCUGAGGACCCGCUGCUGGCGCUGGACGAUGACAGGGCGGGCUGGCACAUGCUGCACGUGCACUUCACAGAGAAGCAAGCCGUGCGGGCAAUGACGCGGCCGGACCUUUUCCGCUUCACCUUCGUGCGAAACCCCUUCUCACGAGUGCUCUCAGCAUACAACAACAAGCUGGUCAUCACCGACUCCCCCAACAACAAGACGGGCCCGGGGUCGAGAGAUUACUGGAACAAUGCGUUUUUCCGGCUGAUUCGGUCGCAGUGGGAGGCGCUGAAGGGGGAGGACGACCUGGUGUCAUUCCACGACUUUGUGAAGCUCGUGGGCGUCGUGUUCAAGGAGAGGCGCUGGAACAUGGACCGGCACAUUGCGCUGCAGAGGGACGUGUGUGCGCUGGGGCUGAUAAAGUACGACUUUAUGGGGCGGUUUGAGAAUCUGGAGGAGGAUGCCAAGUAUGUGGUGAACCGAUUCGGAGGCGACCAUCUCGACAUCUUCAACUUCGGCGUCAACGCGCACCAGACCCGCGCCGAUGAGAAGCUAGUGCAGAUGUACGAUAAAGAAACAUACGAGCGGGUGAAGAAGCUUUAUGCACUGGACCUAGAAAUUCCGUUCAACGACGUUUCGCACUCCAUCCCCAAGCCUCUGUUUGACCGCUUUGAGUCAAAUGAAAAAUGA